AUGUGCUACAUUCGCCAGGUUUGCUACGUCUACACUAAGUGUGGGCACGCGCAACCCAUGCCCGACGAGCAGGUCCCUUGCAACAGCCCCCGCUGCAAAUUUAGCCCCGCGCACCCGAAGAGCUGCGGUGGCGCAUCCUGCAAACAAACCUGCAAGCAAAUACGUCAAUAUCCACAGCAGAUGUCACCGCAAAUUGCUGGCUGCUGUCCCGGGUGUGGCGGCCGCCGUUAA